AUGACACAAGAUAACGAUCAACAAGCACAUAACCCAUCCCAUCCACCACCACCAUGUGAUCCGUUUCAGAGGUAUCAGACUCCAUGGCCGCGCAGUGGACAGGACGACGAGAACCCAUUCAUCCGCUUCCGUAGAUUCGCCGAUGAGCAAUUCAAGUCAUUCUUCUCGGGCGCUCCGUCUCUCAGACACUCAUUCGAAGAAUCGUUCGAACGCCUGGCUGCGCAGCACCGGAAAGAGGUCGAUGAGAGGGUGAAUGCCAUAAUGGAACGCCAGCACCAAUAUACUCGUGAACUUGAGGAUGCAAGGGAACACAGAGAUAAAGUGCUACAGCCACAACGUCCAACUGCAGCGGAUUUCUCGCUCCGAAGAUCUUCUGACACAGCAGUGUUUGGAAGAGACGAGGCCGACAGUGAGCUUGACCUGUAUCACGGACCUUUCGUUUCGGACCUGCUGGAUCCCUUCCAUAAUGCGGGCGAUACAUACCCAUGGCUACUCUCUAGUCCAUACUCGCCUCUCUGUCUCAUCUUGCCCGAGCAUCGACGUUUGAAAGGGUUCACCCCUGAGACUAGUAUAUUGGAUGCGUGGCUGUACCAGAACCGGGGAGCCGAGCUCCAGCCUAACUCGGAAUUCGAUAAUAAGAUGGCAAGGGUCCCGUGGCAGGCAGCUUUCACUGAUCUGUUAAGCAUUACGCAAACAGGGACUAUGCGCCCUAUGGGUGAGGACCGUGGUAUGGAGUCUUGUCCCGCGAAGUGGCUCGAGGAACUACUACGUAAAGACGUGCUCAAGCUUCCCAAAGUCUUGACGCAAGCCGCUAAAAGUCUUGGGGAGGUCGGAGAACUCAGGGUUCCCUCGAUGCAGGGUUUUAGAGCACAUCAUUCUGGCAACGAGUGGAAGCAGGAUGAAGACGAUGUGGAUGACUACGAUGACUACGAUGACUACGAUGACGCAGAUCCGGAGGAGAAAGAGCUUGACGAUGAGUUGGCGCUGAGCCGCGUUUCAGUGGCCAGCACUCUUGCGCGAGCACUCGAUGCCAUGGAAGAGGUUGUGGAGGGCUUACUAAUCCCGAACCCAGAGCGCUCCAGGCAGAAGGCGACGCCAAAAAGAGCAUCUGAAAGUAUUCCAGGCCAAGCUCCAUCGAUUGUCUCAACCAUGACGAAGACCGAGACCCGCACACUUCCAGAUGGAUCGAUAGAAAUGAAAAGAGUGCUCAAGAGACGUUUUGCUGAUGGGAUGGAGGAGCACGAGGAGAGCGUCGAGACAAGCCCAGGAUCACGAGAAGUGCCAGCUUGGCUCCGCACUCAUCUCGCGGCAGCUGACUUCCCAACUGUCGAUAAGCAGACGCAGACCUCAGAUUCUGAAAAGGAUCUUGUCGAAGCGAGAAUGUCAGCGAAGAAGGAAACCAAGCAGGGCGAAGGAGGUUGGUUUUGGCGUUGA